CCAAAAAGUAAAUAUUUAUUUUCAAAAUUGCCUAAGAGAAUAAAAAAACUAGUAAAAAUUUGUAAACAAACUCAACCAAAAAACUUGUAUAUACAAAUAUAAAUAUAACCGUACAUAUCUUAUGAUUAAAGAAGGAAAAGAAAAUGCAAAAAAAAGGAAUAAUUGAGUACAAUAAAUAGGAGCGCUAAAACGGCUUCCCUCCCAAAUUCCCAAUUGAACAAACCCUAAUCUGCACAACCCCUGCUCUUUUUUCCCCAAAAAUUCCUCGCUUGAAUUUUCCCUCUCCAACAUGGGUAAGUGCACUCGGAAGCUCAGAGCCUCCGGCGACGUCUCCUCCAUGGAUGUCUCACCGUCCUCCCUCGGCGUCCGUACCCGCGCCAGAAUUUUAGCCCUUCAACAGCACCAGGCCGCCUCCUCUGCCGACGCCUCUCCACAGUCACCGAAGCCUGAUUACCUCGAGCUUCGGUCAAGGCGUCUUGAGAAACUCCCGGUGCUCGGGAAGUACUUCAGGAACUCGCGAAAUGCAUCUGCUUCAGAACAGAGUGCUGCUCGUGGAAAUGAAGAAAACCCUAAAAUUGAAAAUUUGCCAGAGAAGCCUUAUACUGGGUCUGUCUUCGAAGGGCGGAACGGAGUUUUUGAAGAUGGGGAUUCGGAAGUUGAGGUUUCAUUUGGGGAAAAUAAUUUGGAGAUGGAUGUCAGAGAAAGGACCACCAGAGAGAGCACCCCUUGUAGCUCGAUCGGAACUGUUGCCACCAUGCCGGGAUCUUCAACCAAGCGCAAAACUCCUGCAUUAGCAAACCAAAGAUUUAGGGAUACACUUAGGAACAUCUCCAUAGCUGACGAAAUAGAAGCAUUUUUCGCCCUCGCCGAGCAGCCACAGCAACGCAACUUUAUCGAGAAGUAUAAUUUUGACAUCUUGAACGACAUGCCCCUCCCGGGACGAUACGAGUGGAUAAAAGCGACGCCUUGCAUAGAAUGAAGCCAAUUUACCCGUUUUAAGGUCGAACUACUUACUAUCAUCCUUUCUUACUCUGUUGCUGUCAAUUUGGCCAUGUCGAUGAACCAAGUAUGUUAGUGAUUUGUAGACUUUUAUGGCCAAGAAAUUUAAGACUAACCAUUUUUAGAAGUAGAACCUCCACGCCCAAUGUAAUAUUAUUGCAACCUUCAUCAAUAAACUCCACCCUGUAAUUUGCAGUUAUUCGAUCUUUUUGUUUUACUGUUUUCACGUGGCCCUUUCCAGGCUCUGAACCCUGCCCAGAAUCUCUGCCAAAACAUAUGAUGGAUAAGAUAGUAAAAGCUGCUGUGCAAAAUUUCAGUGGUCAUUUAUUAUUAAGUAGUUUUUAUGCACAUUGGAAAGUUCUCAAAACCCCUUUUGAGACACUGCACACACGACCCUUUUCAUUAUUCCAGAUA